AUGUCGAUUUCCUCUGAUGAACCAGCGUUGCCAACUCUCACGAGACUCAAUGUCGAAACCCCCAAGGAAGUGAACGCUGAGUUGAUCGCAUCUCAAUGGUUCCAGCAGUUCCUCCGCUACUUGGAAAAUGGUGAUGGAGAGGCCGUAUCAACCCUAUUUGUUGAUGAUUCAUUCUGGCGCGACACAUUAGCUUUGACCUGGCACUUCCGCACCUUCCAUGGCCGAGAUAAGAUUGCUCGUUUUCUUUUAGAUGUCUUAUCGGACUCCUCGAAAGUGAAUCAUGGUGCUUUGGUUUCAGUAUCGAAGAUGACAUUGAAUGAAGACAGCGUAACUUUGCAAAGGCCUUAUCCGGAUCUUGCCUGGAUCCAAGGCAUAUUCACAUUUGAGACUUCCGUCGGGAUUGGUUCUGGCGUAUUUCGAUUGGUGCCGACUUCAGCUGGCCCGUGGAAAGCUCAUGUCGUUUACACAAAUCUUGAAAGACUGAAGGGUUUCCCGGAACUUAUUGGUCCCUUGCGCUCAACUGCAAGUAAUCAUGGAGACGAAUGGCUAGAAUCUCGACAGCGGGAAGUUUCGUUCGAGAAUGUGGAACCGGCAGUCGUUGUCAUUGGCGCAGGUCACUGCGGGCUUGAAAUCGCAGCGCGCCUCAAGUACUUAGGUGUACCGACAUUGGUUGUCGAACGCCAUCCGCGUGUCGGCGACUCGUGGCGCACUCGAUAUGAAGCUCUGUCUUUGCAUGAUCCCGUUCAUGUGAUACAUAUGCCUUAUCUUCCAUUCCCGUCCACUUGGCCACUCUGGACACCCUCGCCCAAGAUUGCAGACUGGCUCGAGUAUUACGCUCAGGCUCUCGAACUGAACAUCUGGACGCAUACAAACGUCGAUAAGAUAGAGGAGAUCGGGACGCCAGAGCAGACUUUAUGGAAUGUUUACAUGACCCGAGGCAAUGGGCAGAAGAGGGUCCUCAAGCCACGGCAUAUUAUCUUCGCUACUGGCGUGUUCGGCGGCCCAGCGAGAGUACCAAAGUUCCCCGGAGUUGGAGAUUUCAAGGGGAAAACCAUUCAUACUACGCAAUACAAAAGUGCGAAAGAACAUGAUGGCAAGAAGGUUGUCGUUAUCGGAUCAUGCACUUCAGCCCAUGAUGUAACUCACGAUCAUGCUAAACGAGGCAUUGAUGUCACUAUGGUUCAGAGAGGUUCCACUUUUAUUAUGUCCACGGAAUACGGUUUAAAGAGACUCAAUCAAGGAAUGUAUGCGGAGGAUACGCCUCCUCCGGAGCAUUCAGAUAGAUUAGCUGCAUCCUUCCCACUUUUGUUCACCAAACUUAUGCAUCAACGCAUGGCGCCCGAGAUUGCAGAAUUGGACAAAGAACUCCUUGAAGGACUUAAGAAACGAGGAUUUAAGUAUAACAUGGGAGAGGACGGUUCUGGCGUAAUUAUGCUUUAUCAUCGUCGCGGAGGUGGUUUCUACUUCGACACUGGAGCAAGUAAACUAAUCGUCGACGGCAAAAUCAAACUCAAGAACGAUAGUACUAUUUCGCGAUUCACAGAAAAUGGAAUAGAAUUUGAGAAUGGUUCAACGUUGCCAGCAGACGUUGUGAUCCUUGCUACAGGAUACGAGAAUGCAAAGGAGCUCGUGAGAUCCCUUGUUAACGAUGAUGUUGCGAAUCGAACUGGGACAUUAUGGGGCCUCAACGAAGAGGGUGAACUUAAUUCCAUGUUCCGCUACUGUGGUGUUCCUGGCCUGUAUUUUACGAUGGGAAACUUCGCGCAAAGUAGAUUCUACUCAAAGCUCCUUGCAUUGCAGAUCAAUGCUCAUGAAGAGGGUAUUUUCGGGAAACGUUAUCUUGCGUAGAUCUAAGAGUAUGUAACAAUAGAUUGGAAAUACGUUGUUAUGAAUAAU